AUGUUAUUCAUAUACUUUAUAUUACUAAUAAAUACUGCAAUAUUAUCUGCAUUUGCCAGCAGUGUUAGUCAAUAUUCAACUAACAAAAUAAAAGCAUCCACUAUUUUAUAUUCUUCCUCAUUUGAUGAAAGUUUUUGGCCUAAUAUGACUGAUACCUUAAAGACUGGAUUAUUAUCACAAAGAGAUCUAUUAAGAUCAGUUCCAAUUGAUCAAAUUCCGAGAUUGGGUGUCAAUUUAUCACAACUUUUAUCACCAAACGAAUACUACUUUGAUAAUGAUUCUGAUAAAUUAAAUUAUACUUUGAGACUACUAUCAGUAGGUGUUAGGGCUCUAGGCAUAGAUUUAGUUUAUAGCUUACGUGAAGAAAACUGGUAUCUUCAAAAUACAAAUAUAUCUUUUUUUCAAAUACUCUCGUUAAUAAACCAAUUCUCACAAAGUAUGACUUCUUCAAUCAACGUCGAUUUUUUAUUAAUUUUAUUAAAUUUUCCCGACAACAAUAACAAAACACUCACCACCACCACCACCACCAACAGCAACAACAUUACCAGUGCCAGUUACACCCAAAAGUUGAGUGACUUGGAUAAUCAAAUAAUACAGUUUUUUAAUUACACUCAACUUUUCACACAAAAUGAUUAUAACGGGACAUGGCCAACACUAGAUGAUUUUUUAUUUAAUAUCAGCAAAAAAUUAUUGUUUAUAUCACCAACAAAAGGGAUCCAGUUUAACAACACUAUAUUCCCGUAUGAGUACAUACAGUACUUACCAAACAAUAAAAGCUCAGAUUUUAUAUGCCCUGUUAAUAAUCACACCAGUUUCCAUAUAUUGGCUGAUAAUCAAUAUGAUAAUACCACUAUUAAAAACAUGAUUUAUUGCGGAUAUUCUCCACUCAUUGGAAACACAAAUUUGCAAGAUGUUACCGCUCUAUUGAACACUAGUUUAUUAUGGAGUUGGAAGGAUAAUGAGCCCAUAGACGUAGUGACCUCAGGCCAUGUUCCAUUACAAGUUAAAGAUAGAGAUACUUUAGAAGCAUACGCAUGCGCUUCUUUACAGUUUUCCAAUGGUGAAAGCUGGUGGAUUGUAAACAAUUGUUAUGCCAAACAACAUAUUUUGUGCGGUAAAGAUGAUUCAAAUAUGUGGGCGAUCGGCAAAGAUUCAAUAAAAUUUUUUGAUGUCAAAUCUGAUAAAAAUACGCCAGGGGAGAGCCAUUAUGGGUGUCCUACCGAUUAUUCAUUUGCAGUUCCAAAUACCCCACUGAAAAUAAGGAGCGUCAAUAUUUUUUUAACGGAAUAUACAUACAAUAAAAGCCUUGAUUCAUUAACUGUAUGGAUUGAUCUUAAUUCUAUUAUUGCCAGAAAUUGUUGGGUUAUAGGCGCGGCAGAUGCAAACUGUCCAUACACAAAAUAUGUUUCUAGUAGAAGUUUUGUAGCAAUGAUUGUUCCAUUAGCUAGUGUCACAGCGGCUUUACUAGCUACGGUGAUCUUUUUAAAAGUACAAAGGUUAGCCAUACAGGACAAUAGAAAAAAUUGGAGAAAAAUCAUUAAGGCUACAGAAAAAAACGAACCAGGAGAUGGCGUUCCCUCAUAG